UACACUGACCCACGGAGACAGGGAGCGAGGAAGAUUUAGGGACAACAUGGCGGCCCCCAUCAUCCUCCUCCUGACACUCAGCUUUCUGUCUGCUGUUUCUUCUCACCACAAAUGUCUUCAAGGAACGUAUCACAAAGUGUCCCCAGGGCCCGAGCUCAAUAUGCGGGAGUGCACCCUCUACUCUGAAGCCUCCUGCUGUUCGGCAAACUUCACUGACAAACUGUGGGGGUCUCCGCUCCGUCAGGUGGAUAAUUAUUACUGGAACCGAUGUGGGAACCUCAGCCAGACGUUUAACGCCUGCCGGUCGGACUUGCUCUGUGUUCACAACUUUCUCACUGACUGGAUAAUAGAUGAGAAUGGGAACCAUUGCAGGAAUGACUGUAUCCCGUAUGACCAGAUGUACGUGAACGGCAGCGACCUGUGUCAGAGCGCCUGGGGCAGCUCGUUCGUGGUCAGUGCCUCUCCGUGCCGCUGCCUGGACAUGACCGCGACUGACAGGAAUGUCAUCAAGUAUAUUGUGGAGCAUGAGGAGUCCGAGGAAAGUGGGGAGGAGGAGGCCUGCAAACUGCGGCUCCAAGGGGCCCCGGGCAAGACGGGCCCCAACCAAGAGGACGACUAAGACCAGGGUGCAGUCUGGCCAGGAAGGGCAGAAUCAACCGAAAUGACCGAGCAUCAAAUACACAAAGAAAUCGGACAGGAGAAAUUCCUGAACAUGAACCCAACCGCAGAGCAGGAAUAAGGACCUCCUUAUCCAUUAUGGACUCCUUCUGGUGUUGAGACCCCCUGCAUGGCUCCAGCCCACUUAUAAAUACAAGUAUAUAAAACAACAUCUCCUCCUGACCAGUCUGCCAAUUAUACUCAACAGUCUAGUGAUUUUUUUAUUUGCCUAAUAAAUUCAAACUAUUUUAGUUUCAUUAAAAAUUUCCAAAUAUUUUUCUGUUGUAGAGUCUGUUUAACUCCUCCACAUAGCUGACUGUUCUGCUGUAGAGUCUGUGUAACACCUCCAGUCACUAGUUGUGUACUUGUCCAGGCAAUGCAACUCCUCCACAUAGCUGACUGUUCUGCUGUAGAGUCUGUGUAACAUCUCCAGUCACUAGUUGUGUACUUGUCCAGGCAAUGCAACUCCUCCACAUAGCUGACUGUUCUGCUGUAGAGUCUGUGUAACACCUCCAGUCACUAGUUGUGUACUUGUCCAGGCAAUGCAACUCCUCCACAUAGCUGUCUAUGUUGUGGUUGAGUCUGUUUAACUUCUUCACAUAGCGGUCUGUGCAGCUGUCAGGUCUGUGUAACUCCCCCUCUUAUAAUGGGGGCUGAGCAAGUUGCCCAUAGGCUAGCUGGGGGUCAUCUGGUCACCUGGUGCUCUCUGGGUAACAAAACAUGUGACUUUAACAUAUGACAACCAUUAUCAUGUGAUCAAUAACCAUGUGACCAUAUCAAAGGUCCUUUACACAUAAUAUACAAUUAUACAGACCAUAGGGGUACAAUGCAAGUGAGCGCUGGGGAUGUGCAGGGACUCAAGCUGAUAGGACUGUGAGAUGCAUAUCCCGCACUGGGACAUCAACUCCUUCACAUAGCUGUCUGCGCUGCUGUCAGGUCUGUGUAACUCCUUUACAUAGC